CCAUCAGUCCACUCCACCCAGGAAGGUAGCUCAUGCACGGAGUUCUUAGAGGAUCAGAGGGUCCUAAUCUGCUUCUCAGGCUUCAUCCAAGCUUUACAGAAGAGACGCUGGGAUUUAGAUUUAACUAGUCCAACUGGAAUAUAGCGAUAAUGCCUUCCACUAAGAAGACUCUGCAUUUCUUGUCCAGCGCGCUGGUUACAUCCAUCUCUGUUGGGGUGAUGGGUUACUGCAUGUCAACACAGUGGGCUGAGACGACCAUGGAGUGCACAAAAAGUGGAGAAAGCUUCACUAAUGGAAGUGCUGUGAUCACUUGGAAGCUUUUUGUUGGAGAUUUGAACAGAUACUAUUGCCCCUUGUUUGGAUAUACAGAAGAAUUUGAAGUGAUUCCUAAAUUGGUAAAAGCAGAAGAAGUUGCCUCUGUGGUCCUACACGCUUUGGUUUUGUGCCUGUUGGCCCUGUGUCUGCUGUGUUCCGCCUGCAGCAUCCUUAUCUCCCUGUACAACAGUGUCGGCAACCCAUAUGAGACCUACAUGGGGCCGAUUGGCCUCUAUGUCUGCAGCUCGCUCAGUGCAUGUUUUUCCGUUUUGGCCCUCAUCCUAUUUGCGGUGAACCUCACAGUGACCAGCAUGGCAUAUAAGUUGGUAAAGAUCACGACGGAAUCUGUUCAGGCAGACCUGAGGAACAUGUCUACAGAGAUGAUGCUCGGAUAUUACCUGGUCCUCCUAUACUCCGUGCUCUCGCUGGCUGCCAUCGCUUUGAUUUACAUGUACGCCCAUGCAGCCUACACACAUCGGAGAGAACAGCAGAGGCCUACAGAGGACGCACCCAAGGAGAUCAUGAUGUAUUAGUGGCCUGUGAUGGAGCCACAUUUCAGUGACAUUUAUCAAUUGCUCAUCAAGACUUUCUGGAGUAACUCACUAUCAGACAGAAAAUCUACAAUUGCCAAUGUAAUGUUCUGUGUGUUAUGUAAAUAAACUAAUGAGAUUAAGUCUUACUACUAAUUAUUUAAAGUAUGUUUUUAAAAAUUAUUACAUCUAACUUGUAACCUCUGGUUUGUAAUUGAAUCUUUUAGAUUUGCUAAAACAAUUGACAAAUCCAAACACAUAUAGUUUAUGAUGAAAUGUUAUAUUGGGGGACAAUGUAAGAGUUUUAUUUAAAUAGUGGUGAGAGAGGUUUAGGAGAAAUAUUGAAAAGAUGCCUAUGUGAUUCGCUGAUCUCCGCUGCCCUCUAUCUCUGAGAUGAUGUGAAUGCAGUCUGGUACCACAAUUUUAAGAAAAUAUAUUUCCAAGAAACAGGAAGCCUAUAGAAAAACAGUUUGGAUAUUUUUCUUUUAUUUGCCUGUUUAAUCCUGAGUACAUUUUGACAAAUGGUCUGACAAAAAUAAAAUAAAA